AUGCAAUCAUUGGGCAUGAAGACGAAGGGACGGUGCUUCAGCACCACGGUGGAUUGUGGACCCAGUCGUUUGAGUUCAACAAGUGACAAGUGGUUUUCUGGAACCCCCAAGAACCAGCCAAUUCACUUCCUGUUUCCCCAUCCAGCCAGUUUUGAGAGACGGAGCCUGAACAACUCCGAUUUGGGGCAGCUGCGGCGUGACAAAAGCCGGUCGCUUCUUCCCUGCGGUCGCACGCAGAGGCACCCAGAGGAUUUGGGUCCUUUGGGAACUUUGGGGGUGGUUUCCUGCCUAUGUACCUCAGCUUUCCUCUUCAGGAUCUGA